UAGAACCGGCGGAAGUGAGGAGAACGAGUGCAGCGAACAUGUCGACUGGGGUGGGAAAACACAAGAUGCUGUCACUGGGCCCGACUGAACCCUGGUCUGUCCGGGAGAAACUCUGUCUCGCCUCCUCUGUGAUGAGAAGCGGAGAUCAGAACUGGGUGUCUGUUAGUAGAGCCAUCAAACCCUUUUCAGAGCCUGGACGACCCCCAGACUGGUUUUCCCAGAAGCAUUGUGCCUCCCAGUACUCUGAGCUGCUGGAAACCACAGAGGCCCCAAAGCGUAAACGGGGUGAGAAAGGGGAGGUGGUUGAGACUAUUGAGGACGUUAUCGUCCGCAGACUGACAGCAGACAGAAUCGAGGAACUCAAGAGACUCAUCAAAGACACACAGGAGAAAUACAAGAAACUGAAGAAAGAAGUGGAUGUGAUCCAGGUGGGUCACAUGGACUCCAAACUGGAGGAGUUGUUGGCAGAGAUCGAGCUAAAGAGGAAGCGGGAAGAGGAGGAGGCAGAGCAUAAGAAGAGGGCAACUGAUGCAGCCUAUCAGGUUCGUCAGGCAGCUAAAAAUACACCAAAGAGAGUUCCCAGCAUAGCAGUACGUUCUCCACCCGGCUCUGGCUCUCCUGGCAUGAAUGCCCGACAGCCCGACACACCACAGCCAAUGACAGAUGAGACCUGUGUGAGUCCCCUGGCUCAAGGAGUGACCGUCUUCAUGCCCGUGUCAGAGGUCUCAGGCCCAGGGCCUAAGGAGUCAGGUCUGGGUGGUCUUGUAGACGAAUCCCCGCAGAAGAAGCAUCUCACCCCGAAAGCCACACCACCCCCUUCCCCGCUGCUGUCUGAACUGCUGAAGAAGGGCAACCUCAUAGCGGCCAGCUCUAGACUGGUGGUUGAAGGCGAUGUGAAUACAGGUUUGAGUAAUGGAUCUCAUGGAGUUGAGCUUCACACUGCUGCAGCUGCUCCGCCUGCCAACCAAGAUAUUGCAGCUGAAGCACCUACGUUAUCUCGUCUGUUGGAGAGCUCCACUCCAGCGCAGCAGCCUGUCAGUGCUGAUCCCCCUAAGCCCCCCACAGUGGCCCCCCCAGCUCCGGACCACCUCUCUGUACCCAACACAGCAGAGGCGGUGAUGGCAGGCUCGUCCACACCAGUGGAGGUGGAGGGGAAAGUUUCAGAGCUAGUAGAGGAGGACACGGUAGUGUCAGAAUCAUACAUGGCUCAUGAACUAGACCUGGAGACAGUGGGAGAGAUCAUCGCUAUCAUAGAGGAGAAGGUGGACGACCCCGUUGAGGCUCUGGAUGCAGCAGCAGUGGAGGCUGCUCUCUCCCUCUGCGAGGAUCCAGCAGUCGGAGGACACCUCUCCAACCCCUGGGAGUCCCAGACAUUUAAGGCAGCCGAACCGGAGCCAGUCGUUCAGCAGAGUGCGACCCCAGUGGCCCCACAGAGCGGCCCAGAUCCUGUGGGAGUGCAGGGAGAAAUUGAGGUUCUGGUAGAGGAGGCUGGAGAAACGGAGGCAGUAGACAGGGUGAAAGGGGACUCCGAUUUGACCCCCGUUCCUGAUGGAGAGCGGAGCCAGGACUCUGAGGUCAAGAUGGAGGAGGAGAGGGAAGGAGAGGCAGAGGAAGGAAUUGAGGAGACACAGGAGGACAAUAGAACCACGAGUCCAUCCGUGAAGUGUGAGGGAGAGGACUGGAUUCAGCCGGAGAUGGUGACGCCCUGUCUGGACUCAGAGGACAGCUCGGCCUCAGCCAAAGACACAAAGGAGGUGAAGGAAGAGGAUGGAGGCAGUGAGGUGGAUGUGGAUGAAGGGAUGGAGAUGAAAGAGUGUGGAGACGGUGAUGGAGAGGGGCCAUAUCUCUCAGAGGUGGAUCCUCCUGCCAGUGAGAGUGAGGAUGGAUAUGGCAGUCACACUAAGCGUUACACUACAGCAGACUCCAUCGCCAGCAGCCCGGCCUCAUCACAGUUCUCCAUGUGUAGUGAGGAUCAAGAGGCCCUCCAGGCUCAGAAAAUCUGGAAGAAAGCUAUCAUGCUGGUGUGGCGGGCAGCGGCCAAUCACAGAUAUGCAAGUGUAUUUCAACAGCCAGUGUCCGAUGACAUUGCUCCUGGUUAUCACAGUAUUGUACACAGACCGAUGGACUUAUCGGCUAUCAAGAAGAACAUAGAAUCUGGGCAGAUCCGUACGACGGCCGAGUUCCAGCGUGACAUUAUGCUGAUGUUCCAGAACGCAGUGAUGUAUAACAGCUCGGACCAUGACGUGUUUCAUAUGGCCCUGGAGAUGCAGAGAGAUGUUCUGGAGCAGAUCCAGCAGUUCUUAGCCACACAGCUAAUCAUGCAGACGUCAGAGUCGGGCAUCAGCACCAAGAGUCUGCGUGGGAGAGAAGCCAACCGCAAGCAAGACUCCAAUGAGAAGACCCUGAGUCCUGCACACAAAGACCCUCAUUUAGAGCCAGAACCAUCAGCCAGAAGGAAAAGCAACAACUCCAAACAAGAGACUAAUGAGAAGGACAGCCUCUCCAUGGCCUCUCCUGCUUUCCUUCUCUCUCUUUUUAGCAAUUCAAGUUUGAAGUACCACCUUCAUCUCAAUCAUCAGGGGGCAGUAAGCAAAACUCCAGCUGAACAAGCAGCAAACCACACUGAUGCAGACAGCACAAGAUGAGGACGCGUUCUUGCAUUCAAACACCGCUGGAUGAAGUGCAACUCGGAACGCAGGGAUCUCGAAACGUGUUUUUUUAAGUUUCAAACCACGAUUACCUUAAACACAGUGACCUAAAAAUGUUUUGUUUAUGACGCAGUACAACCAAAGUGAGACGCUUUAAAGGGAUAGUUCACCCAAAAAUGAAAAUUCUUUCAUCAUUUACUCACCCUCAUGCAAUCCCAGACCAUUUAUAUGCUUUUUGGUGCUUCAAAGUUCUGGCCAACAUUCACUUGCAUUGUAUGGACCUACAGAGCUGAAAUGUUCUUCUAAAAAUCUUUGUUUGUGUUCUUCAAAAGAAAGAAAGUCAUACACAUCUGGGAUGGCAUGAGGGCGAGUAAAUGAUGAGAGAAUUUUCAUUUUUGGGUGAACUAUCCCUUUAAAAGCAUCCUUCUGAUGUAUGUAGUCUUUAGAAAAGCCCUUAUAAUAAAUCUUGGACAGAUUGAUGAAUUUAAUUACAAAAUGGAUUGAUGUGGACUGUAGGCCACUGAUAGGCUUAUUUUCAUUGAUAAGGAAAUAAAAAAUAUAUUGCAACUUUGUGUGUUGUCUAAUUAAUGUUUUGCUUGUCUACAAUAGUAAUGUAUUUAUCCUAAUUAUUAUAUUUAUAAUUAUUCAAAUAUAAUUAUUUAAUCAUUAUGCAUUAAAUUGUUUUUAUUUGGAGGGCCUUUCUCUGCAAAUAUUGAUGCGAUUAAAUUGAUUAAUUAAUCAGCAUACGAUGUAAUUAAUGCAAUUAACAAUUGUAAUUCAUUGACAGCCCUAAUAAUAAUAUGUUGUUUUAAAGGGCAAUGAUUUGUUUAAAUGGUUAUUUUAAUCUAUAUUUAUAUCAUAAUGUGCAUCAGCCUGAUAGUGGCCCACAGAGAAAAGUCCUGCCUCUCUCUAUGGACAAUCCGACCCUGGCACUGAUGGUCUGGUGUGUUAGGGCACUGGGUGAUAAACUGUGUUUUGACUGGCUUUUCUGCUUUUACAGGACGGAGGCACCAGAGGGCGCCGCAGUGCAAUAGAGGCAGAUAUGAAGAUGAAAAAGUGAACCAAGACAUUUCACUGCUGCUGUCACAGAAGUUAAAAUAGGCUAUAUUUAGCUGUUUCUUUAAGAAGUUCUGGUUAAGUUUAGUUUGGUUUAAUUCAGCAGUUCUUAAAGGUGCAGUGUCAUUCUCAGAAUAUGGACAAAAGGACACUGGACACAGAGGAUACAAACAGGACAUUUUUCUUCUUGACUGGAGACGUUUUAAGGGCGUGACCCUCCAAAUUUUUCAUGUGGAAAACAUCUUUCCAGAACACUCUAGUUCAUGAAUAGCCCUGAAAAAAUGGUCUUGUGUCCUCUGACUUACAGGACCGGUCAAACUGACCAGCACUUGUGCAUUUGACUUUAGAGGAGUUGGUUAAAAGUCAAAAACUAUUUAUUGCAGAUGUUUCACAACUGGCCUCUUAAGGUUAAUGUGGAAUGUACCACCAUCAUAACCACUGGAUGGUUAGAAAUGAGAAUGUCACUUUCUUACAAGAAUGAAACUUUACAACCCCAUUAUUCAAGACAAAGAUUAUCGCCUUAUUGCAACACUUUGUCAUGUGUUAGCUGAUGAGAACUGAUGAACAGUGAUGAGUGGUUAAAUAAAAAAGCUUUUUUCUUCUAUAGAGAUGAAGUUGACCCUCUUGAAACUUUUUUUUUUUUUUUUGCAUAGGCAGAACAGACACUGAACUUUGGAUGACAGUUUAAAGGCCCACUGUACUAGAUUCAUUUUGUUGGGUUUUGUUUUUCAGUCAGCUUUAUGCUUAAAGUGAACUUAAUUUGACUUCUGUGCAUUUAGAAAGAACAUAGUUUUGUACAGGGUCUUCUGUGUACAGUGUUUUUGAGUGUUGUGAAAUGUUUUAAUAAAACAGAGUCUGCAAUUAUAAUUGUGUUCCAGUUCAAACAAUAUGUUCAUGUAGACCGUGGUAAGUUUAAGAAUAAUUUAUUAAAAUAUUGUUGUGCUUUAAAAAAAAAAAAUACUGUUACAAAUGAUUCAGUAGUUUUGGUUUACUGAGGGACAAUGCCAGCAUGUCCCUUUUCUUUUAAAGCUACAAAACACAAAGAUAACUUACAGUGGUGUCAACAUAUACUGUGGUGGAAUGAUUCCUAUAUGAACCCUCCUACAUACCUGAACAUCAAUGCAAACAAUGCUGAAGAAUCCAAACUGAACAUUCUGUAGUGGUAACACCCUUCAAAGUCAUAUUUAACAUCUUAUGUUACACAGAACAGUGGGUGUAAUCUGACAAAUAUAUAUAUUUUAUAUAUAAAGUGGCAAAACAGUCUUUUACAUAAUUCAAUAUAUGGUAACGCUUAAGAAUAACUUUCAGUAGUUUUAGAAUGCAAGAUCAUAUGUGGAAAAUAUCAGUAUCAAGAUUUUCAUAUUUCAAACUAUUUGAAUGUAUAUGAAUGAUCUGUUAGGCAUUAUAUAGUGCAAUUUUAUACAACAGCAACAACAGUUUUAUUAAGAGCAAUAUCAGUAUAGAGCAAAAUUCUGUUUAAAAGUACCAGUACGAAAGCCCAUUUCUGUGACAUGAAAAAGUGCUUUGGUAAGUCUUAUUGAGAUACUAAGUCAAGUCAUAAUUUUUUUUUUUUUUUUUAAGAGAAGUCAUAAUAGUGAGAUACAAAGUUGUUUGACAUUUAUAUGAGAACUUGUGUGAGAUAAGUCCUAAUGAGGUAAAAUAUAAAUUAUUAGCAAGUCAUUAUGAGAAGUCAAUUAUGAGAUACUAAGUCAUAAUUAUUAGAUCCAAAGUUAUUAUUUUGAGAUAAGUCAAUUUUAAAGUAACUAAUUCUUGUGAUUUAUGUCAAAAUUAUGAGAUAGCAAGUCAAAUGAGAUU